AUGGCUCACCGUCUCGUCACACAAGUCGUCGUCACCGGAGCCCGGGUUUUCGGCCGCGCCUUCGCCGAAGCCUACAAACAAGCCCAGGCAUCCGGCAAAUACGCCGCACAGAAGAAGAACGGCGGCAGUGCCUUUUCCUCCUCGGGUGGUCUGACUCUCGAUGAGGCCUGCAAGAUCCUGAACGUGAAGCCUCCGGCGGCCGGCGAGACCAGCCUCGAACAUGUGAUGGAGCGCUUCAAGAAGCUCUUUGAUCUCAACGACCCCAAGCAAGGCGGCAGCUUCUACCUUCAGAGCAAGAUUCUCCGGGCGCGAGAGCGGAUAGAGAUGGAAGUUCGGGAAGCCGAGCGCAAGACUGCGAUGGACAAGGAGCUUCGCGAAGGCUGGAACCCCAAGGUCUACAAGGACCGGUGA